AUGGCGGAAACACAAGCCCCCUUCGCGGCCGUCAAGGUCGAGGCUUUGGUGGUGAUGAAAAUCAUCAAGCACUGCUCCCAGACUUUCCCGACUACCGCGACCGGUUCUCUCGUUGGUAUGGACGUCGAUGGUACCCUGGAGGUCACCAACUCUUUCCCGUUCCCCGUUGUCGAGAUGCCCACCGAGUCGCACUUUGACAACGCCGCUCCCAAUCCGGCCGCCGCUGCCCCUCGUGCCAAGUCCAACGUCGGCUACCAGGCUGAGAUGGUGCGCAUGCUCCGUGAGGUCAACGUCGAUGCCAACAACGCCGGUUGGUACACUAGCGCCAACAUGGGAAACUUUGUCAACAUGAACGUGAUUGAGAACCAGUUCUUCUACCAGAAGGAACUCAACGAGCGGACGGUAGCCUUGGUGCACGAUGUGUCCCGUAGCGCUCAGGGCAGUCUAAGCCUGCGUGCGUUCCGCCUCUCCGCCAAGUUCAUGGAGGCUUUCAAGGACAACAAGUUCACUUCUGAGGAGUACGUGAAGAAGCUCUCUCUCUACCUUGCGGCGAACCAUUUCGCUCUGCAAAAGUCUACCCUUCGCCACCAGGACAUCUUUGAGGAGCUGCCCGUCCAAAUUCACAACUCUCACCUGAUCACUUCCUAUAUCCACCAGCUGCAGUCCCCCGCUGCGUCUGCCCCUACCGAUCUGCCUGCCUCCCUCAGCGCUCUCGAGGCCGGCCCCUUCUCCAAGCACAACACCCUUACUCCCAACUUCGACAACUUGUCACUGAACGUUGACCCCUUCCUCGAGAAGAACUGCAACCUUCUGCUGGACAGCAUCGAGUCGCACAAUACCGAGGUCAACAACUACCAGUACUACCAGCGUGUGCUUGGUCGCGAGCAGCAAAAGAUCAACAACUGGAAGCAGAAGCGUGCCCAGGAGAACGCCACCCGCGCCACGCUCAAGCAGCCUCUCCUCCCCGAGGAUGAGUGGCAGCGUUUGUUCAAGCUCCCCGCUGAGCCCAGCCGGCUGGAGAGCAUGCUCAACACUCGCCAGGUUGAGCAGUUCUCCCGCCAGGUUGACAGCUUUGUCUCCUCCACGACCGGCAAGAUGUUCGCUGUGAAGGGAAACUUGCUGCCCGGUGAGACUGCUUAA